AAUUAGCAGGAAUAAAGAGCCAAGUGUUUUCCCCCCACACCGUGAUCAGAACUCAUUCUACCUCUGGAGCUCGCACAGAACCCCUCCGUCCUGCCCCCCCACCGCCACCACCACCAUACGCCCACCCACCCAGUCUGCACCCCGUCUUGUGUGUUUACUCCAGCCUGCCUUGCCUUGCUUGCCUGCCUGCAUGUAGCUUUAAUUACACUGUUUGCUAAACAACUUGGAAGACGGCUGCGCUCGCCUGCUCUGUCCUCUGUUCCUCCUUCCUUCGCCCGCACCGGAUCGUGCAAACACAACAACAGCAACAGAAAGGAGGAAUGCGUGCUUGUUUUUUUGGACUACCACUACUACAACGACACCAUUAAACCCGCCGAGACUUGCGCUGGAGCUGCAGCAGAAAUGUGGGGUGAUGAUGCUCAGCAACUGUAGCCUCUGCUAUGGACAUCGGUGAGGGAGGAGGAGGGGAUGGAGGGGGUGGAGAGGACAGAGAUGCGGACUUCGGUCCCCAAGCUUUAUCUCACCCUCCUCUGACCCUGGCAUGCAUCCCUAAGCAGGGGCCAGCCUCUGAUAGCUCAACCGGGGCCCCUGCCAAAGAGCUCUCGAGCCAGCAUGAUAAAGUGGGUGAGAGGGGUGCUGAGGGGUCCCAAGCUGGAGGAGAAAUCCAGGUAGGGGGGCAGAAGGACGGACACCAUGAAGAUGAUAGAAUGUGUCAAAAGCGGUGGAUGAAGGAGAUGCUGCCAAGGCAAAAUAAGGAGGGGCAUGGUACCAUGGUGCUGAAGUCGGAAACAGGGGGUCUCCCAAAAGCCCUGAGCAGCAGCAGAGGGGGAGAGGAGGAGGAGGAGGCCAUUUCAAACCAAAGCCAAACAAAAUCCAAAUGUUCUUUAUUACCUCAACAGAGCCAGCAAAGCGCUUCUUCCAGCAUGGCAAAGACCAGUGGCAAGCUCGACAGCAAAACAGCUGCCUCUCCAAAGUCCUCCCAGACUCCUCCCACCUCUCCAAAAGCUUCCCCUUUUCUUUCCUGCUCUCCAAAGCACUUCACCUGUCCAUCCUACUCUUCUGGCCUGCAGAGCGACAUGGAGGCAAAAGACAUAACAGGAGAUCAGGGCUGGAUAUCUGGGUUUCCUCAGAGCUUUAAAUCCCAGCAGUCGUGUCUGGCUUUUCCAUUGGCAGGUAUGGAGGGGGCCAAUGCGCCUGCUGAGGAAGACGGGCCAGCAGGGAUUUCUCACUUUUCCAUUUCCAGUGGAAAUGGUUCCAAAGCUCCAGAACCAAAUGACAGCCAUCUUGAGAUGGAUGUCGAGAGAGAAAACGAAGGAGAACAGAAAGAAGCUGUCCCCAAAAACCUCAACCAAGAGCUCUCCCCAAAUUCACUGACGAGUCACAUGACUGUCAUGCACUCACGAAAUUCCUGCAAGACGUUGAAAUGCCCCAAGUGUAACUGGCACUACAAGUCCCAGCAUACACUGCAACUCCACAUGAAAGAGAAGCAUCCCGAGACGGGUGGCCAUUGUGUGUGCACUGCCUCCAGUGGGAAAUGCGUUUGUGGCACUUCUACGCGAGGUGUGUGUGGCUACUGCAGUUCAGGGAAACCCCAUCCCCGCUUGGCACGGGGCGAAACCUAUGCCUGUGGCUACAAGCCCUACCGCUGCGAAGUGUGUGACUACGCUACCUCGUCGAAAGGCAACCUCAGCAUACACAUGCAGUCAGACAAACACCUUAAUAAUGUGCAAAAUGGGGGACACGCCAAUGGCCAGAUGCACACUUCGCAUGUUAAUAACAACAAUAGUAGUUCUUCUAACGGAGCCACAAUGGACGAGCCGACAUACAAGCACCCACUUUCGAUUACAACAUCUAACGCCCAGCCAGCCAAGCUCACACAACCUGCACACUCUCCCUCACAUGGCAAGCGGUGGCGAUGUGACGUCUGCGACUAUGAGACUAGUAUCGCCCGUAACCUACGCAUACACACUACCAGUGAGAAACACACACAUAACAUGUUGAGGCUGCAGAGGGGUUACUAUCUGUCCCACUGCAGAAGCCUUGCUCCCCAUCUGAAACACCUACAAAGCACAGGUGGGGAGCUGUCCUUGAACAUGAGACUGACCACUCAACAAGUCACCGAACAGCCUGUACCCCUUGGCUCAACAUUGACUCCUUCCCCGUCACCUUCACCCUCUCCCCCGCCAGCUCUUUCUUUUUCUCCCACCGGGCCUCUCUCGCAGGGUGUGUUCCAAUGCCUCGUCUGUUCCUGCUUCUCUUCUGACAGUCUAGAGUCCAUGGAGCAGCACCUGAACGCCCCUCGCUCCCUGCCCCAGUCCGAAUGGUGCUCUUUGGUAACCGGUGGCUGUCACUGCAGGCUGUGCGGCUACACCACCCCACUGAGGGCUAACUUCUCCUUGCACUGCCAGACUGACCGACACAGAACCCGCUACCAGCUCGCAGCUCAUGUUCAAGAAGGGGGGAACCGGGGUCAGGAGGGUUCUGUGUUGAUAGCUAAGGGAAACCCUAUCCAGCUAAGGUGCAACCUGUGUGAAUAUGCGACAAGCAGUUUGGAGAAGAUACAAGGACAUUCCCGGAGUUCCAACCAUGAGUCCAGCGUCCGGGUUUACAGAUUCCUGCAGCAGUAUGACGGUGAAGUUGAUGGUGGCACAUGUGUAUUCCAUUGUCUCCUAUGCAACCACUCCUCUUCCUCUAAGCUUCAAGUUUUAAAACACAGUCAAACCCAGACCCAUCAGCAGAGAGAAAGUCUGCUACAGCUGCAGCCAAUGGGUGGAGAAGAGCUGGCAGCAAUCUUUACCAUCAGGAAAAAAACAGUUGGUGUUAUGGGAGAACUUAAUGAGGAGGAUACGGAAAAUUCCAGCGAGGUCACCACUGGUCCUUUGGACCAAACCAAAGAUCACUUGGGGGUUAAACAGAGUGAUUUGGAGCCGGAAGAAAAAGUGAAAGCGGAGGUGGACAAGAAGGAGUCAUUCAAGCGUCAAGUGUCUGAAUGUAGGGAAAUCACAACCAAACGUCUCCGAACACACCAGCAAAGUGAGAACCAGCAGACUGUCCAGUGCCCUUUAUGUCAAGAUAAAAUGCCAUAUGGACACCUUCGACCGCAUCUCACGCAUGUGCACAGUGUGGCACAGGACUGUGUAGAUAAGCUCAUCAGCACAGUGACAACACCCAUGGAGCAAGUUCAGCCUCAUCUGGAGAAUGAAAUACCAUCUGACCUGUGCAUGGAUGACACAAAAAGUCUUAAUAAAAAACAUGAACAGACAGAUCGUUCUCAUACAACAGAUUCCCUUACCUCAGAUGAUUCACCAAAAAACAAAAGCAUUUCAGGGGAGCACACCGAGGGAAAUACAGCCGCACCCAAAGAUGUCACAGCUCUACUCACCCCACCCCUGGAAGACAACACCACUCAGCCUUCCAAUGGAAGACUGGCUCCUCAAUCCCUAACUCAAACCCCCCCCUCCUCCCCAACUGGCGACCCCCCUCCUCUUUCUGAUCGCCAUGGUUACCGGUUUCGUUGCAGCAGGUGCAGCCUGGCGUUCCCCACUCAGGAGAAGCUCCAGCUUCACUGGCAGUAUCAUGCCAUGAGGGCAGCGACAGAAUGCCCCCUCUGCUCCAGACAGUGUCGCAGUCAAGAGGCCCUGCAGAGACACAUGCAAAAUACACACUCACAACCAGACAAUGCACAAAAUACAGCUUCACUCUUUCCUAUAUCCCAAAAUAUAGAACACACUAAGAUCUCAGUUCAACAAGACCUGAGUUUAUCACCCCAAGCUGGCCAAGAAGCAUGUGAGGGUGAGGAUGAAGAGAUGGAAGGAGUGAAUGAAGAGGAAGACAAAAUGGAAGGAAAGGAACAAAAAGAGGACUGUCAAACAAAAGAUAACCAGGCCGAUGAAACUGGUAGAGGUGUUGAGGAAUUAGCCGAGGCAGAAAAAGGGCUAAAUGAUGAAAUCCCGUCAGAAAUUAGAUCAAUUUCUCUUAUUAAAAAAAGCUCUAACCCAACAAUGGAUCGGUAUUUGGAUCCAUCGAGGCCAUACAAGUGCACCAUAUGUUCUGAAUCAUUUACCCAGAAGACAAUACUAUUAGUUCACUACAAUUCAGUAUCCCAUCUCCAUAGGGCCAGGCGAGCCCUGCAAGAUUCCAACACAGGUGUCUCUGCCACAGAGGCUACCCGUGGCCAAGAUCCCAGACCCUACAGGUGCAAACUAUGUGGUGUAGGCUAUAGCCAAAGCUCCACUUUGGACAUACAUCUACGCUCAGUUCUUCACCAAACAAGAGCUCGUGCUGCACAACACCCAGUGGCUAAUAAUUCUGCACCAAUAUCUGCCAGCACAACUAAUCUGCCUGCUAUAACUGAUAAGGAAAUGUGUAAAGGUUUUCCUUCCACCAGGAAGCCAGAUGUAGCUAGUUCUUCAUCAGGAUUAGUAUCUGAGCUACAAUCGACCAGCUCAACAGAAGGUCAGCAGGCUAAAAAGAGAGUGGCAGAACUGUUAGCGUCAAGAAACCAGCUACUACUAAUGCAACAGCAGCAGUUGGCUCAGGCACAGGCCCAAGCCCACUUACAACACACAGCCUUGCUCCAGGCCCAAGUAAUGCAGCAUCUUUCUUUCGGACCAGAAAGUCUCUUUCAGCACUUCUCUUUGGCACCGGACAACUUGCUGUCUCUGCAGCAACAACUUCUGCCCUUUUACUUUCCUGGAGAGAUGAAACUCAACACAGAAAUGGCAAUAAAGAGCUUGGAGCACAACCAACCAGAGGCGGCGAAGACAACCUUGAGUGAACAGGUUAAAAGAGAGGCCAAAAAAGAGAACAACCCUCAAGCAGAUGAAAAACUUAUUCAGAAUCAAAGUUCACUCUCAGAUGACAGCCCACCCCAAAAAAAUAUACCUUUUGACAGUGGCGUUGAACACGGUAGUAGUUCCUCGAGCAUCCCAAACGAAAAAGAAUACAACAAAAAUGUUGUUGAUGAAAAAGGCGAACUGUCAGUGCCUGUUGUGAAAAAUGAGCAUCCAGUGCAGGAAAAUGAUUCAUCCACGAUUAAUGUCCAGAAAGUACAGUGCCCUCCACCAAGAGUGCCAUAUGCUGCAGUAAAUGGGGAAGCUCUGAGGACCUUGCUGCAGAGUUAUGGCUAUGAAUUGGCACUACAAUAUAUACAAAGUCGACAUAGGCAUCAGCAGCAGAUUGCAACUCAAAUGUUAGAUAUGAGAAAUGAGUACUCAGAUAUUCAAAAGACGGAAUUUUACGUAGGGGAACAAAAAGAGCCUGUUGGAGCAGAUGAUGGAAAAAUGCAAAGCUGCAACAAAGAUAUCAAGAACGAAGUUGAAGAGAUACAGAACUUCAUAGGUAAACAUAAUCAGGGUGACAAUGAGGACACUGUUAUACUGUCAAGCAAAGAGAAAGGAUGCUGUGGAAGAGGAGAAAUGUGUAAAGAUUGUGGGAAGUUUUUUUCAGAUGCCAUGAUUUUAAAAAGUCAUGAGGAAUACAUUCACAGACAAGUACUUCCCACUGCGGCACUUGAGAGGUUUUCCAGAGAAUACAGACUACAAUACGAUCAAUUGUACCCCUUGAAAGAAAAUAAAUCGGGAGAGGAUUCAUCUCACAGUACAACAGUUGCAAUCCCAGAUAUUUCCUCGGAAUCACAACCUUUACCUGAAGCGGACAAGGUUCAAGCUAAAACAUCACCCCCAUCCUUUUUAUCGGAUCCCGAAACAAAGUCAUGUGCGACAACUGAAGACCAAAUAAAUGCCUCUAUAAUAUCUCCUACUUUAUCUUCUUCUCAUUUUAAAACAAUUCCACAAAAAGAGUUGCCACUGACAGUCAUGUCACCUCCUGUUGCUUCUCAAAAUGCAUCUCUGGCUAACAGCAAAAAUCCUCCCUUACCCAAAAUACCUAGACUUCCUCUGUCCCAGGUACCUAUUCCCCCAAUUACUUUACCAAAACUUCCCAUACCUCCAAUUCCUUUUCCAGUGGAGCUACCACUCAUUCCUCCAGUUGUGAUGCAGUCUGUGGGUCUUCAGCCCCCAACUUGGUUAGACUCCAGCGUGAGCCCAGAGUUGACAAAAUUCUACCAGUCUCAACUGCUUGGGCAACAGACACCUAUUAAUCCAACAGUGAUUUCUCAACCAUCCCAACUAAGCCCCACAAUGCUCAGUCAGCCUACUCAAGUCAAUACUCCAUUGCUGAGUCAACCAGCUCAGAGUAGCACCAUUCCAACAGGGCAGGAACCCCAAGUCAGCCCAACAUUACUGGAGCAACAGCAGGGCAAAAGAACACGUACUCGAAUCUCCGAGGACCAGCUGGCGAUCUUGAGAAAACACUUUGAUAUCAAUAGCCUACCUAGUGAAGAGGAACUAAUCAAAAUAUCUGGUCUUUCUGGUCUACCUCAAAAAGUCAUCAAACAUUGGUUUCGCAAUACACUUUUCAAAGAGCGCCAACGCGACAAAGACUCACCAUAUAAUUUUAAUAACCCCCCCACCACAGCCCUUGAGGAAUUGAGAGAGGAAGUCACACAGAAUCCAUCUCUGACACUGUCACCAUCUUCACCGUCUCCUGCACCAACAGACACUUCGCAUCAAAUCCUGUUGACAGAUAUCCACAGAAGCAAUACCCACAAGGGUAGGCGCUCUUCUCGAACCCGCUUUACAGAGAAACAGUUAGAGAUGCUGCAGGGGGUGUUUGAAGCAACUCCCUAUCCUAGAGAGGAGGAAUAUGACAGGCUGUCUGCCCUGUUGUCGCUCCCGAACAGAGUAAUUGUAGUAUGGUUCCAAAAUGCUAGACAAAGAGCCCGUAAGAGCCAGGACAGAGGGACCGAUGAUGGAAUAGAGGAGAUGAGCCAACUUGACAUUCUUAGAAAGGGAGACGGAUACCACAAGAAUGACGAUACUGAGGAUAAUAGCAAUGGGGAUGAAGAGCAAAAUGACUCACAUAAUGAAAAUUCCAUGGAUCUGACAUAUGAAUAUUAUAACCAUCCAGACUCUCCCGUCCUUGAUUCUUCUACCGUUUACACUGAUAGCAAGCAUUUGAUGGACAGUGAGGAAUCAAUACCCACCGUCAAUAAACAAGAAAAUAAAACCACUACUCUUCAAACCAACCAAACUGAACAAAAAGAAAUGACAGUUAUUAAUAAUGAAAGCAAGGAAACAGUGUGGGCAAUACAAAAUGUGGCCUCCCCAAAAGCUGAAAAACUGGUCCAAACUCAGCAAGAAAGUCCAACAGAACAUUCUCAGUCUCAAUCCUCUGUUCUCUCGCAAAUCACAGUACCGGACAACCCAUCAUCAGUAUGUGAAUCAAGCCAGGAGUAUAAACAGAGUUCAUCCCUGAAUACAUCGUUUGAAAAACCUGCAGCUACAUCACCAAACUUACCCUUGUCUUCUGAGUCUGAAAAAAGUCCAACCUCUGAGCCUGAUGCGCCCUUCCAUGUAUCAUCGGAGAACCAGUCGCUAAAUGGAAUUCCAGUGCCAAACCUUUUUCAGUGCACUCUAUGCCCAAUGUCCCUGUCGUCAUUCCAGAUGUGGCAGGAACAUCAGACAAGGCACCUACUUGCAGCUCAGUCCCAGGUCCAACUUCUUCAUUCUGGUUUUACGGACAGAACUUUGCCAUACAUGAUGAUCCACUCUAACCACUCCCUAAUGGCAAGCCAAAUGCUCUCAGGUGCUAUGACACAGUUGCACCCAAAUACCACAAAUCCCAUAAUUUCUCACUUAAAUAGCACACAUGUUAAGAACUCACUAGCUGACCUGUCUGAGACUUCAUUGAAGCAGAACCCAAAGCUAAUGUCGGAGAGCAGUUUUGAUGCUCAAAGGUAUAGUAGAGAUGUUGAGGAAGAGCAUAGAAGGGAUAAACGUCAGAGAACCACCAUCACUCCAGAACAGCUUGAAGUGUUGUAUCAGCGUUACAGCUUGGACUCCAACCCCACCAGAGGAGUACUGGAAGGCAUUGCACAGGAUGUGGGCCUCACAAGGAGAGUGGUUCAGGUAUGGUUUCAAAACACACGUGCAAGAGAAAGAAAAGGGCAGUUCAGGUCAAUGGGACCAGGAUCUAGUUUCAACAUGGGCUUGAACCAUCUUCGCUGCCCAUUCUGCAGAGCUCUCUUUAAGGUGAAAAGUGCACUGGAUGCCCAUAUGAGAUCACGCCACUGGGCAGAAGCUGAAAGAGCAGGCUACAACUUAUUAAUGAGUAAUGGAUCCAGCGGGACCAAUGUGGUGGCUGUGUCUUCCGUCAUUGACAAACCAGGUCCAUCGAUAUCCUUUGUCCCAGACACUAGCAUUACCAUCAGCAGCAACGAACAAACAGUGAAGGCACCAAUUACAUUUCUGUCUACAACCAAUGAUAUCAACAACCAAGCGAAGUAUGAUGACUUUGAAGAAGAUGACGAAUGUGAAGAGGGUUCAAGUGUGACUGACCAAGGGCCUCUGAGUGCUGAGGAAUCAGGGGGUCCAAGUUCAGAUUGGAGCGAAACUCUGCAGCCACACCACCAUCAGCACCAACGCCAAAGGACACAGAUGAGCCACUUCCAAGUACUUCAGCUAAGAGACUUCUACAAGAGUCACCGUACACCAAAUCGACAUGAGUGUGAGGCACUCGGCCGAGAAUUGGGACUACCUCACCGUGUGGUGCAGGUUUGGUUCCAGAAUGCCAGAGCCAAAGAGAAGAGGGCAAGAACCCUGAGCUCUGACUCUGCUGAAAGAGAGCAAGCGGAAUUGACAGCCGGUGCAGGGGAGAGAGACCGUGCUUAGAGAGGGCCCAUUCUUCUUUGCCUACUGUCAAAGUCUUGUACAAACUUCACUUUGCUGCCAAACCUGUUUCCUGAGCACCCCAAAGAUGCAGAGCCAUCAUGGCCCAAAGAGAACCCUUAUCAGCUGAAACUAAGGCCAAACUAAGACCUUGCAACUUUUCUCUUUUUAUAUUGCUCUCCCGUACGCGAUAUUUCUUUCCUUGUUGCCCCUCUGUUAUGAUGUGUCAGACACCUUUCUACAACCAAACUUCACAUUGAACACUCUUACCCCCAACGACAACAACAACACAUAGGCCAAAGAGCAUUCUCCAAGUACUUAUGUGACCUCACUGCCUGGUUAGACCUGUAGUCUACCUCCCGGUCACCAUGAUAGACUCGAAGUGGCCCCUUCAACCAGACAGUGCUAGAGGACUAGCAGUGUAGCAUGUAGCGCUGGUCUUCAAAAGGCUUGAACAGGAACUUUCAAAGAGAUUUUAGUGUAAAUAGAGUGCUCUAAAAGAUAAACUUGAAAAAAAAGAAAGCAGUUAAUGAUGGAAGAUGAUGAGGAGGAAACCAAGUAAUAUCCCAAAAUAGACGGUGGUAUUUCCAUUGAGCUUUUGUAAAGACUGACUCAGAUUCCAAAGCUCGUAACCAAAAUUUUACAUGUUUGUCAUUUCAUCGUGUUUGUUUUCAUUAACAAACUUCAGAGCUGACGUCUGUACAGUGAAGUGUGAGACCUGCAUCUGGCACAGGAAAAGAUGGAAUACUUGGACUGAUUGAGUCAGUGCCAGAGUGCAGCUCCACCCACCAUAAGCCAAUGAUGAGUCUUCUGUUGUAUAUGGACACCUUCUAUGUUCCUUUUGUGGAUAAUAGCCCAAAUAGCACAGAGCAGAAAGGCAAGUUUGCCCUGAGACGGGCAGACUAUUUUUAUAGCAUUCAACCAUAAUACUGUAUAUGAUGACUUUUAACCAAACUCAAAUUUACAUUGUGUGUGUCUAGUAAUAGUUUCUUAUUAUAAAUCUAAUGAAUUGAGCUCAACUGUCUUGCUUCGGUAUAAUAGUGUCAUGAUUAUGAAAAGAUUGUGACAGCUUUGAUAUGUUCAGGUAAGGAUUAACUGCCUUUCUGUUCUUUGAAAUAUACCAAUGGAUUACCGAUGUGAGAUGAAUAUUAAGCUUUCUACGCUCAGGUCAGCAGCUCAAAAUGACUCCACCUUCAAUGUGAACUUUGUUUUCUGUCUCUAAAGCAGAAAGAGGGCACAAUUUUGGUUGGGACGAAGUAUUACAUUGACAAAAACAUCUGUGUAUACUGUAUCAAAGAUCUGAGCUUUACAUCUCAAAUAGAUUGUUACAAAAACCUUAUCGAAAAGUGUUUAAUAGCGUGAGGGGUAAAUGUACAGUACUUAGCUUUCGUAUGGUUGACUCAAGACUUCAUUGGAUGUUUAAAACGCAGCUCCUGUUUUGAUACACCAACAAGGAGCUUCUGCACAAAGCAGAGGAAAAACUUGAUGAUGGAUGUUAUCGAUGUUAUUUUUGUACUCUUAAUUUAUUUUCCCUUUCCUCUCAUUUAAGUGGUUUUAUUUCACUUUCUUAUUUGCAACCAGUCCCGAUCUAAGUGUAAUAAUACUACUACUAAUAAUAUAACAAUAAUCGCUAAACAAUAAUUAAUGCUUUAAGACAAAAAUCCAAAGACGUGAUAAUACUUUAACCGUAAGACCUACAAAAAUAAGUGCUACUGUGUACUUGAUGAUGUUUUACUGUUUUUAAAGAAGGAAGGAGUCCCUAUAUCUAAGCUACUGUUUUCUGCCUCUCAUAAGCACACUGGAGUACUCUGUAACCAAAACCCCAAACUAGAGCCAUGGCAGUCUGUAAUAUAGUGGUUUAAAGAGUUAUACUUUUCUGAGAAAUGUUGCUGUUUAAUAUGUUUUUUUUUUUUUAAUUAUUAUUAUUUUUGACCAUAGUGUUAAACUCCAGCCCUUAAGGAUGUCCAGUUUGCUGCUAAUGUACUGUAGUUUCUAAUGUUACUGUAGAAAGAUGCAUGCUCUGAUCGCUUUACCACUAGGCUUUAAUGACUACAAACUGUAAUAAGGAUACCUGCAAUGCUGUUGAUGAACUGCUACUGUUAUUCUGUUGGAAACAGACCGGUACUUGGGGCUAAAUUCCAUCAAGUUGGCUUUUCAUUAAUUGAUUCGUAGAAGACAAUAACUAUUUUUUUCAAACAAGAAAGAACAUCCAGCUACCGCUAAAUGGGUUCAAUAUGUUUACUUGUCAAACACAGUAACUUGUAUCAUAUUUGGUGGAGUUCAGCCCUAGAUUUGUAAGGUUUUUUUUUCUUCUGUGGUUCGAUGUCUCUACUCCAUUUCCCCAGUGAAAAAAACUGCUUUCCAAAGGAUGUGGGUUGACCAAUGCUGUCCUGUUUUGUUCUCAAACUAACAAAUGUUUACGACAAUACCAAUGAGCUUUCUUCUGUACAGAAAUGUGCAUUCCAAAAACCACAAAGACAAUUUUUGUACACCUGAUUCUUUUCUGAUUUUUAUUUCAUUGAUCUGUCUUGAUCUUUGGUUACUAAGAUGUACAUAUUGGGGGGGUCUUCUGCUGUGAAGGGACUCCUUACUGUAGGUAAAAUUGAAUUUUUUUUGUUUUGUUUUUACUUUCCCUGGAUAUGUUGUUGCCAUAGUGAUGACCAAAAAGAUACCUGUGAUGUGCACCUGUCCUAAUGUCUUGCUCCAGUGGUUAUGUGUGUCUCUAUAAUAUUCCCUACCCCCUCUUCUUUCCCUACUGGUGUUUCUCUUUACCUUACCACUCCCAUAUUCCACUGAGCUAAAUAAAGUCUGCUUUGGUGCAUGCUCUGGUCUCAUCCCUUUCGUCUCACGCUCUAUGUUGCACAUUCUGUGUUAUGCGGAGAUGUUAAUAUUUUUAUUCAUAAAUCUUCAUAUUCCAGGUGGUAUUUUCUGUGGUGUCGUGUGCAUGGCUGGAAGGCUUUCAGUGUGCAAUGGUGUGUGCGUAACAGCAAGCGAAGCUCUUUGGUGAAUGGAGCCAUGACCUCUUGGGUCACUUCAUUAAUUACAUCUGUGACAUUCAGCCAGAUGAGUUUCCUUUGUGACUAAAUGAUAUGAGGAAUAUUAACGACUUUGGAUGAAUUACACCGCCGCUCCUGCUGAUGAUGAUAAUGUGUUUUACGACUCUAGGAGAGAGGGGAGCUAAAAUUGCUCACCACAGCACAUUUAGGGCACGCACAUUUUAAUAUGCAAGAUUUUCAAGACUGAGAGAUUACAGUUUUUUAAUUCUAUCAUUUGGGUUAUUUUUUGACAGAAUGACAGGGAGUGAAAUUGUUACUAGUCUGAAGCAAAAAUUGGUGACUGAUGUUGAAACCAUUUGUUCAUUCAUUGCGGGGCAUCGAGCCAACGGUACAAAAACUGUUGGGGAAAAAAAACUGAACAAUGGUAAAGCAAACACAGAAGAGGGCUUAAGAUUGCUUUGCGCCUGAUGAUAGCCAUCUUAGAAAGUCAUCCUGAUAAAGUGAUCCCCCACCAUUUUUCCUUCUCUCUGUCCUCCCCCCUCUUAAUCAAAUGAGCACUGUGCAGCUGGUGGGGUUGCAGCAAAA